AUGGAUGAUGCGUACUCCCCAGAGAAUAUGGAGUACGAGUACGAGGAUGAGGAACUUGUGAGCUGGAUUACGUGGUUCUGCGACUUGAAGGGCAACGAGUUCUUCUGCAUGGUCGACCGCGAGUUCAUCACAGAUGAUUUCAACCUGACCGGACUGGCCCCAAUAGUGCCGUUUUACCACUACGCAUUAGAGCUUAUCCUCGAUGUGGAGUCGAUGGAGAGCGAUGGGCUCACAGAGCAGCAGAAGCGUCUCGUCGAGAGCUCUGCAGAGAUCCUCUACGGCCUUAUUCACGCUCGCUUCAUUACUACCGGCCGUGGUCUCAAGCUGAUGGAAGAAAAAUAUGUGCAAGGCGAGUUUGGUAGCUGUCCCCGCGUCUUUUGCGAGGGCCAUGCGCUGCUUCCAGUUGGCCAGAGCGACGUGGUGCGUGAGAGCUCCGUGAAGCUCUUCUGCCCCCGCUGCGAGGAUAUCUAUCACCCUCGCUCCAACCGCCACCGUAGCCUCGACGGCGCCUUCUGGGGUACCACCUUCCCGCACCUGCUGCUCAUGCAGCUACGCGAGCGCGGCGUAUCGAUCCCGCCCCCAAACCAACAAUACGUGCCGAAGGUGUACGGCUUCCGCAUUCGCAAGCCCGGCACCACCCUCAUCACCAAUGCCACAGGAGAAGAAGAGACGGGUACCGCUUCCGCAGGAGCAGGGGAUGUGUCGCUCAAAACCGAGGCUGGGGCUCACCACAGAGAGGAGGAGGGUGCCGUCGCAGGCUCUAACGCCGCAGAUCAGCGGCGGACCGUCGAAUCCACUACCUCUAUUAGCUCAAAAGGAAAGCCAGAGUAG